ACACCCUGCGCAAUUAACACAGCAGUCUCAGGUAUCAGGAGGGAGAGAGAGAGAGAGAGACGCUCCACAGCACCCGGAGGACUCCACAUACAAACAAGUGAUUUUCAACACAAAGCUCUCUGAUCCCAUGAUACUGGUCACAUUAUGAAAUCACGCUACCUAUUCCUGCUGGUUUACCUCGUUGGAGCCACCACUGGAAAUUCAAGGGCACAAGGGACUACAACAUGUGGGCCAGAAAGCUGCGGUCAGGAGGCGGACGCGACCUCCCGCUUCCUGCAGUGUGUCGGCUUGCCGUCCACAGACACAGGAAAAGACCACAUGCAGAGGCUGAAAGUGAUGCUUGAGGCCACAAUGGACGUGUACACCUUCAUGAAAUCCAGCAUGACCGGCGUGCCGGUCCUGAGCCUGGAAGGAGCUUUGAAUUUCAACCCCGGAGCAGAUCCUCUCCAGAAUGAAGCCCUGGUUCAGAUGUGGCUUGAGGUCAAAAUCAAACCUCUGCUGGGUUCCAUCACCAAACACUUCCUGUCCUGCCUCAGCACAAAGAACUUCAGCUGCUCCACUUAUCAGACUGUAGUGGGAGAACUCAGCCAAUAUUUUUCAGAGAUGAAUCCAGUCAGACAAAAGUGGAUCUACACGUUCUUCAUGUACCCCUUCCUGUCUGGAGAAAGAGUUACAGGUUGUGUAAACGGCAAUGAAAGCAGCGAAGAAUGGCUGAUGAAGAAUUUUGGCGCCUUCAGAGCGAUGGCUCGAAUGAAGGACUUCACCAGCCUCAACAUGGUCUUCAGUGGGCUGGAGGUUCUCCACCUGCUCUCUCCUGCACAAAAGGCCGAGCUGCUCUUAAAGCCUGAGGUGGCUGGUUUGGACAACGGCACCUUGACCCUGGUCUUCAACAGUCUGCUGCCCGGUCAGCAAACGACUCCCAGCCCUGGAAACUCGUCUGUGGUGCCAGUUGGUUAUUCAUCUCCACACAGCACUCUCAAAGAGAUCGCAAAUGGAUUCAUGACGGCUUUCAGACCGAUUGGAAGUUUUGCUCAUGAAUUUGUUUCUUUUACACGUCAGAGAAAUGUUUCAGAAAUAAAAAGCACCACUUUGACUCAGUUCCUGCUCAACUGGACUCUUGCUGAGCUGGCAGACGUGUAUGAGCCGCCCAUGGUCCCAGACAUCCCCGAGUUUGACGUGACCAACGUGGAUGACUGGUACCAGCAGGUGGUGCUGCCGCUGCUGCGCAGGUUCCUGCCGAACGACGAAAACUUGAUGCACCAAAACAUCACGCUGGCUUUUCAGGAGCUGUAUUUUCUGGAACAUGGUGGGGAAAAUGAAUACGAUGAACUUCAGGAUGUCUGCAGCGUCACUCUUGAUAAGAGCCCUUGUGGGCUGACCGAUGCAGUGGAGAACGUAGCCCAUAUUAUGCACUGCGCUGCUAAAAGUGAGCUGACGAUGACUGAAGAAACCAUCAUGAGGCUGAUUACUGAGCUGGCUGAACGUCUGCACCUCCUGAUAAAAGAGUUUACCACAACAAACUUUGCGGGGCUUUCAUCUGACAUUAAGGAGAUAUUCAACGAGAAUGAGCCUCCAACUCUGACCCAACAUCACCUGGACGAUCCCGAAUUCAUCAAACUCUGGUACCAGAUCAAACUGCUCCCUCUGCUGCCAGACGUAAACCCAGACCUCCUCUCCUGCCUGAGCACCAAAAACUUCUCCUGCCCCGUUUACCAAACCCUGGUGGCAGCACUUGGUGAGAGCAUGAGGCAAAUGGAUGCUGACAUGAUGUACAGUCACAACAUCUACAGAUAUUUCAUCUACUCUUUCCUGAAUCACAACGCCACCGAACCCCAGUGCAUCUCCUCAGCCAAUCAAAGUGCAGAAUGGGUGAACCUGAACUUUGGGUUCUUCUCAAGCUUUGCCUCUGUCAUCGACUUCUACCAGCUCAACCCCAAUUUCUCUGCGUUGGAAGCUCUGCAGGUCCUGACCCCGAAGCAGCUUGCAGAAAUGCUGCUGCUGCCUCUUCCUGGUCCAACAGAUAAAGACACCGUUAUCAACGCAGUGUUUGACUUCUUGUUGGAGUCACCAGAAGACAGAAAAUUUACCGACGUUCUGCACUUCGUGGUCCAGCUUGCCGAAGAGGCUAAUCCUCCCUGCAGUGUCUAUCAACUCAUUUUUGAACGAAUGUACGGAGCCCUAACGAUGAUACCUCCAGACUUGGAGCCGGUUAUUUGGGCCCGCAUAGAUGAUCUCAUGGGAAUUGCGCCGGCGGAGUGUGUACCGGCAGAAGUCACGUGCCAAGACACGCAGAUCAACAGUACUUUAAUCUGCCAAAGCAUCAACAGCUCCGUUCUUCAGUCAUACCUCAACGACCACGCGCCUGUUUCAUGUAGCUUCACCUUGGAGGAAUAUGCUUGUGCUCAGCUGGAGGACUUCACGGCCGAACAGCUGGCUUCCCUGAUGAGGUGUAAUCUGCCCGGCAACGGCAGCCAUUCCAGGGUCCUGUGGAAGUUGCUGCUGAAGAAACUCUCCAGCGUUUUGAACCCAGCGCUGGACAUGCUGGCCAACACGUCGGUGGGAAUGAUCCCGUCAGCGGAGGAAAUUUUGGAUGUGAUAGAGGAAAUCAGGCUGUCGGCGCUGACCGAUGGGGAGCUGACGGACAGUGGCGUGAUCCACUUGUGGUUCACAGAGCGUCUAAGCGUCUUCCUGCCAUUUGCGUCGGGGCGCUUCCUGCUCUGUCUGACCAGCAGGAACUUGAGCUGUCCAUCAUAUCAGCAAAUACUGCAGGUGUUUGUUGGCCACGUUGAGGAUAUGCCCUUCCAACAGCAGCUUGUGGUCCUGAAGGAUUUCAUCCUUCGUUUCCUUCUGAACGCUCACUCAGGUCCAGGAUGUUUGUCCUCCUUCAACAACAGCGCACAGUGGCUGACCGACAACUUCGGUCCAUUCUCACAGUUUGUGAUCAUCAGCGACCUGAUCCGUCUCAACCCAUACUUCAAACCACUCGAGGCCUUACAUCUCCUCACACCAAAUCAGACUGCAGAGCUGCUGGGACUGACGCUUCCUGAAAGCACAGACGCCGUCAUCAACAUGAUCUUUGAUUACAUGACCGAAGCACCAGAGGAAAGGAGAUUCACAGAGUUCCUGUCAUCUUUGGUUAUGAUUUCCAAGACGUUGAACCUUUCCUGCUCAUCCUACAAAACACUGUUCACCAGACUGGACGACGCCAUGGAAACAGCUACUUCUGACUUAGUUUCAGCCAUCACAUACACUGAAGUGGCCUUAUUCAAACGACUACCAUCUGACUGCAUCAUAUACAGUGGGCAGUGCAAUGUAACGAUGGCAAAUGAGACGGACAUAUGCAUGGGAGUCAACAGCACAGAGCUUCAGAUCCUCCUAGACAGAUCAACGAUGGCCGGACGGCACUGCAACUUCUCUGUGGAGGAAUUUGCCUGUGCCUCUCUGUCAGGUUUAACAGCUGGGGAUCUGGCAGCCAUGUUGCGCUGUGAUAGGGUCUCCGACUCAAGCGGCUCCAAACCUGCCUGGAAGCUGCUGCUAUCCAAAGCCUCCAAGGUCCUGGAUCAAGCUCUGGAUCUGCUGAGCAACACCACGCUCCGUCCUGACCAUCCUUCUGCCCCCAUGAUCCUGGACUCCAUACGAGAACUCCGGCUGCUUGUCGUCAACAUGACCGUCCUCAACGAUCCCGCCUUCGUCCAGAUGUGGUUCGGCCGCCGCCUUCGUCCGUUCCUGCCAGCUGUUUCCAACGACUUCCUCUCAUGUCUCGCCACCGAAUCACUGGACUGCAGCACCUACCAAUACAUCGUGAAGACAUUUAGCGAGCUUCAGUCAGUCAUGUUGAGAGAAAGGCAGCUGUCUGUCUUGACACACUUCAUCACAGGUUUUCUGACAACAAACAACACUGCAGAUCCAAGAUGUUUGCCCUCCUUCAACAACAGCGCACAGUGGCUGACCGACAACUUCGGUCCAUUCUCACAGUUUGCGAUCAUCAGCGACCUGAUCCGUCUCAACCCACUCUUCAAACCAUUUGACGUCAUUCAGCUCCUCACGCCAGAUCAGAGAGUGGAGCUGCUGGGACUGACGCUUCCUGAAACCAAAGACGUUGUCAUCAACAUGCUCUUUGAUUACAUGAUCGUAGCGCCGGAGAGAAGUUUUGUAGAGUUCCUGUUAUCCUUCGUGAGAUUCACCGAGAUGGGAAGUCUCUUCCUUUCCUGCCCAUCCUACAAAACACUGUUCACCAGACUGGACGACGCCAUGGCAACAGCUACUUCUGACUUAGUUUCAGCCAUCACAUACACUAAAGUGGCUUUAUUCAAACGACUACCAUCUGACUGCAUCAUAUACAGUGGGCAGUGCAAUGAAACAAUGACAAAUGAGACAGACAUAUGCAUGGGAGUCAACAGCACAGAGCUUCAGAUCCUCCUAGACAGAUCAACGAUGGCCGGACGGCACUGCAACUUCUCUGUGGAGGAAUUUGCCUGUGCCUCUCUGUCAGGUUUAACAGCUGGGGAUCUGGCAGACAUGUUGGGCUGUGAUAGGGUCUCCGACUCAAGCGGCUCCAAAGCUGCCUGGAAGCUGCUGCUAUCCAAAGCCUCCAAGGUCCUGGAUCAAGCUCUGGAUCUGCUGAGCAACACCACGCUCCGUCCUGACCAUCCUUCUGCCCCCAUGAUCCUGGACUCCAUACGAGAACUGCGACUGCUUGUCGUCAACAUGACCGUCCUCAACGAUCCCGCCUUCGUCCAGAUGUGGUUCGGCCGCCGCCUUCGUCCGUUCCUGCCAGCUGUUUCCAACGACUUCCUCUCGUGUCUCGCCACCGAAUCACUGGACUGCAGCACCUACCAAUACAUCGUGAAGACAUUUAGCGAGCUUCAGUCAGUCAUGUUGAGAGAAAGGCAGCUGUCUGUCUUGACACACUUCAUCACAGGUUUUCUGACAACAAACAACACUGCAGAUCCAAGAUGUUUGCCCUCCUUCAACAACAGCGCACAGUGGCUGACCGACAACUUCGGUCCAUUCUCACAGUUUGCGAUCAUCAGCGACCUGAUCCGUCUCAACCCACUCUUCAAACCAUUUGACGUCAUUCAGCUCCUCACGCCAGAUCAGAGAGUGGAGCUGCUGGGACUGACGCUUCCUGAAACCAAAGACGUUGUCAUCAACAUGCUCUUUGAUUACAUGAUCGUAGCGCCGGAGAGAAGUUUUGUAGAGUUCCUGUUAUCCUUCGUGAGAUUCACCGAGAUGGGAAGUCUUUUCCUUUCCUGCUCAUCCUACAAAACACUGUUCACCAGACUGGACGACGCCAUGGCAACAGCUACUUCUGACUUAGUUUCAGCCAUCACAUACACUAAAGUGGCUUUAUUCAAACGACUACCAUCUGACUGCAUCAUAUACAGUGGGCAGUGCAAUGAAACAAUGACAAAUGAGACAGACAUAUGCAUGGGAGUCAACAGCACAGAGCUUCAGAUCCUCCUAGACAGAUCAACGAUGGCCGGACGGCACUGCAACUUCUCUGUGGAGGAAUUUGCCUGUGCCUCUCUGUCAGGUUUAACAGCUGGGGAUCUGGCAGACAUGUUGGGCUGUGAUAGGGUCUCCGACUCAAGCGGCUCCAAACCUGCCUGGAAGCUGCUGCUAUCCAAAGCCUCCAAGGUCCUGGAUCAAGCUCUGGAUCUGCUGAGCAACACCACGCUCCGUCCUGACCAUCCUUCUGCCCCCAUGAUCCUGGACUCCAUACGAGAACUGCGACUGCUUGUCGUCAACAUGACCGUCCUCAACGAUCCCGCCUUCGUCCAGAUGUGGUUCGGCCGCCGCCUUCGUCCGUUCCUGCCAGCUGUUUCCAACGACUUCCUCUCAUGUCUUGCCACCGAAUCACUGGACUGCAGCACCUACCAAUACAUCGUGAAGACAUUUAGCGAGCUUCAGUCAGUCAUGUUGAGAGAAAGGCAGCUGUCUGUCUUGACACACUUCAUCACAGGUUUUCUGACAACAAACAACACUGCAGAUCCAAGAUGUUUGCCCUCCUUCAACAACAGCGCACAGUGGCUGACCGACAACUUCGGUCCAUUCUCACAGUUUGCGAUCAUCAGCGACCUGAUCCGUCUCAACCCACUCUUCAAACCAUUUGACGUCAUUCAGCUCCUCACGCCAGAUCAGAGAGUGGAGCUGCUGGGACUGACGCUUCCUGAAAGCACAGACGCCGUCAUCAACAUGCUCUUUGAUUACAUGACCGAAGCACCAGAGGAAAGGAAAUUCACAGAGUUCCUGUCAUCUUUGGUCAUGUUCACUAAGAUGUUGAACCUUUCCUGUUCAUCCUACAAAACACUAUUCACCAGACUGGACAUCACCAUGGCAACCACUUCUCCUGACAUAGUUUUAGCCAUCACAAACACUAAACUUUCUUUGUCCAAACAACUACCACUUGAUUGCAUCAUAUACAGUGGGCAGUGCAAUGUAACGAUGGCAAAUGAGACAGACAUAUGCAUGGGAGUCAACAGCACAGAGCUUCAGAUCCUCCUAGACAGAUCAACGAUGGCCGGACGGCACUGCAACUUCUCUGUGGAGGAAUUUGCCUGUGCCUCUCUGUCAGGUUUAACAGCUGGGGAUCUGGCAGCCAUGUUGCGCUGUGAUAGGGUCUCCGACUCAAGCGGCUCCAAACCUGCCUGGAAGCUGCUGCUAUCCAAAGCCUCCAAGGUCCUGGAUCAAGCUCUGGAUCUGCUGAGCAACACCACGCUCCGUCCUGACCAUCCUUCUGCCCCCAUGAUCCUGGACUCCAUACGAGAACUGCGACUGCUUGUCGUCAACAUGACCGUCCUCAACGAUCCCGCCUUCGUCCAGAUGUGGUUCGGCCGUCGCCUUCGUCCGUUCCUGCCAGCUGUUUCCAACGACUUCCUCUCAUGUCUCGCCACCGAAUCACUGGACUGCAGCACCUACCAAUACAUCGUGAAGACAUUUAGCGAGCUUCAGUCAGUCAUGUUGAGAGAAAGGCAGCUGUCUGUCUUGACACACUUCAUCACAGGUUUUCUGACAACAAACAACACUGCAGAUCCAAGAUGUUUGCCCUCCUUCAACAACAGCGCACAGUGGCUGACCGACAACUUCGGUCCAUUCUCACAGUUUGCGAUCAUCAGCGACCUGAUCCGUCUCAACCCACUCUUCAAACCAUUUGACGUCAUUCAGCUCCUCACGCCAGAUCAGAGAGUGGAGCUGCUGGGACUGACGCUUCCUGAAAACAAAGACGUUGUCAUCAACAUGCUCUUUGAUUACAUGAUCGUAGCGCCGGAGAGAAGUUUUGUAGAGUUCCUGUUAACCUUCGUGAGAUUCACCGAGAUGGGAAGUCUUUUCCUUUCCUGCUCAUCCUACAAAACACUGUUCACCAGACUGGACGACGCCAUGGCAACAGCUACUUCUGACUUAGUUUCAGCCAUCACAUACACUAAAGUGGCUUUAUUCAAACGACUACCAUCUGACUGCAUCAUAUACAGUGGGCAGUGCAAUGAAACAAUGACAAAUGAGACAGACAUAUGCAUGGGAGUCAACAGCACAGAGCUUCAGAUCCUCCUAGACAGAUCAACGAUGGCCGGACGGCACUGCAACUUCUCUGUGGAGGAAUUUGCCUGUGCCUCUCUGUCAGGUUUAACAGCUGGGGAUCUGGCAGACAUGUUGCGCUGUGAUAGGGUCUCCGACUCAAGCGGCUCCAAACCUGCCUGGAAGCUGCUGCUAUCCAAAGCCUCCAAGGUCCUGGAUCAAGCUCUGGAUCUGCUGAGCAACACCACGCUCCGUCCUGACCAUCCUUCUGCCCCCAUGAUCCUGGACUCCAUACGAGAACUGCGACUGCUUGUCGUCAACAUGACCGUCCUCAACGAUCCCGCCUUCGUCCAGAUGUGGUUCGGCCGUCGCCUUCGUCCGUUCCUGCCAGCUGUUUCCAACGACUUCCUCUCGUGUCUCGCCACCGAAUCACUGGACUGCAGCACCUACCAAUACAUCGUGAAGACAUUUAGCGAGCUUCAGUCAGUCAUGUUGAGAGAAAGGCAGCUGUCUGUCUUGACACACUUCAUCACAGGUUUUCUGACAACAAACAACACUGCAGAUCCAAGAUGUUUGCCCUCCUUCAACAACAGCGCACAGUGGCUGACCGACAACUUCGGUCCAUUCUCACAGUUUGCGAUCAUCAGCGACCUGAUCCGUCUCAACCCACUCUUCAAACCAUUUGACGUCAUUCAGCUCCUCACGCCAGAUCAGAGAGUGGAGCUGCUGGGACUGACGCUUCCUGAAAGCACAGACGCCGUCAUCAACAUGCUCUUUGAUUACAUGACCGAAGCACCAGAGGAAAGGAAAUUCACAGAGUUCCUGUCAUCUUUGGUCAUGUUCACUAAGAUGUUGAACCUUUCCUGUUCAUCCUACAAAACACUAUUCACCAGACUGGACAUCACCAUGGCAACCACUUCUCCUGACAUAGUUUUAGCCAUCACAAACACUGAACUCUCUUUGUCCAAACAACUACCACUUGAUUGCAUCAUAUACAGUGGGCAGUGCAAUGUAACGAUGGCAAAUGAGACAGACAUAUGCAUGGGAGUCAACAGCACAGAGCUUCAGAUCCUCCUAGACAGAUCAACGAUGGCCAGACGGCACUGCAACUUCUCUGUGGAGGAAUUUGCCUGUGCCUCUCUGUCAGGUUUAACAGCUGGGGAUCUGGCAGCCAUGUUGCGCUGUGAUAGGGUCUCCGACUCAAGCGGCUCCAAACCUGCCUGGAAGCUGCUGCUAUCCAAAGCCUCCAAGGUCCUGGAUCAAGCUCUGGAUCUGCUGAGCAACACCACGCUCCGUCCUGACCAUCCUUCUGCCCCCAUGAUCCUGGACUCCAUACGAGAACUCCGGCUGCUUGUCGUCAACAUGACCGUCCUCAACGAUCCCGCCUUCGUCCAGAUGUGGUUCGGCCGCCGCCUUCGUCCGUUCCUGCCAGCUGUUUCCGACGACUUCCUCUCAUGUCUCGCCACCGAAUCACUGGACUGCAGCACCUACCAAUACAUCGUGAAGACAUUUAGCGAGCUUCAGUCAGUCAUGUUGAGAGAAAGGCAGCUGUCUGUCUUGACACACUUCAUCACAGGUUUUCUGACAACAAACAACACUGCAGAUCCAAGAUGUUUGCCCUCCUUCAACAACAGCGCACAGUGGCUGACCGACAACUUCGGUCCAUUCUCACAGUUUGCGAUCAUCAGCGACCUGAUCCGUCUCAACCCACUCUUCAAACCAUUUGACGUCAUUCAGCUCCUCACGCCAGAUCAGAGAGUGGAGCUGCUGGGACUGACGCUUCCUGAAAGCACAGACGCCGUCAUCAACAUGCUCUUUGAUUACAUGACCGAAGCACCAGAGGAAAGGAAAUUCACAGAGUUCCUGUCAUCUUUGGUCAUGUUCACUAAGAUGUUGAACCUUUCCUGUUCAUCCUACAAAACACUGUUCACCAGACUGGACGACGCCAUGGCAACAGCUACUUCUGACUUAGUUUCAGCCAUCACAUACACUAAAGUGGCUUUAUUCAAACGACUACCAUCUGACUGCAUCAUAUACAGUGGGCAGUGCAAUGAAACAAUGACAAAUGAGACAGACAUAUGCAUGGGAGUCAACAGCACAGAGCUUCAGAUCCUCCUAGACAGAUCAACGAUGGCCGGACGGCACUGCAACUUCUCUGUGGAGGAAUUUGCCUGUGCCUCUCUGUCAGGUUUAACAGCUGGGGAUCUGGCAGCCAUGUUGCGCUGUGAUAGGGUCUCCGACUCAAGCGGCUCCAAACCUGCCUGGAAGCUGCUGCUAUCCAAAGCCUCCAAGGUCCUGGAUCAAGCUCUGGAUCUGCUGAGCAACACCACGCUCCGUCCUGACCAUCCUUCUGCCCCCAUGAUCCUGGACUCCAUACGAGAACUGCGACUGCUUGUCGUCAACAUGACCGUCCUCAACGAUCCCGCCUUCGUCCAGAUGUGGUUCGGCCGCCGCCUUCGUCCGUUCCUGCCAGCUGUUUCCAACGACUUCCUCUCAUGUCUUGCCACCGAAUCACUGGACUGCAGCACCUACCAAUACAUCGUGAAGACAUUUAGCGAGCUUCAGUCAGUCAUGUUGAGAGAAAGGCAGCUGUCUGUCUUGACACACUUCAUCACAGGUUUUCUGACAACAAACAACACUGCAGAUCCAAGAUGUUUGCCCUCCUUCAACAACAGCGCACAGUGGCUGACCGACAACUUCGGUCCAUUCUCACAGUUUGCGAUCAUCAGCGACCUGAUCCGUCUCAACCCACUCUUCAAACCAUUUGACGUCAUUCAGCUCCUCACGCCAGAUCAGAGAGUGGAGCUGCUGGGACUGACGCUUCCUGAAAGCACAGACGCCGUCAUCAACAUGCUCUUUGAUUACAUGACCGAAGCACCAGAGGAAAGGAAAUUCACAGAGUUCCUGUCAUCUUUGGUCAUGUUCACUAAGAUGUUGAACCUUUCCUGUUCAUCCUACAAAACACUAUUCACCAGACUGGACAUCACCAUGGCAACCACUUCUCCUGACAUAGUUUUAGCCAUCACAAACACUAAACUUUCUUUGUCCAAACAACUACCACUUGAUUGCAUCAUAUACAGUGGGCAGUGCAAUGUAACGAUGGCAAAUGAGACAGACAUAUGCAUGGGAGUCAACAGCACAGAGCUUCAGAUCCUCCUAGACAGAUCAACGAUGGCCGGACGGCACUGCAACUUCUCUGUGGAGGAAUUUGCCUGUGCCUCUCUGUCAGGUUUAACAGCUGGGGAUCUGGCAGCCAUGUUGCGCUGUGAUAGGGUCUCCGACUCAAGCGGCUCCAAACCUGCCUGGAAGCUGCUGCUAUCCAAAGCCUCCAAGGUCCUGGAUCAAGCUCUGGAUCUGCUGAGCAACACCACGCUCCGUCCUGACCAUCCUUCUGCCCCCAUGAUCCUGGACUCCAUACGAGAACUGCGACUGCUUGUCGUCAACAUGACCGUCCUCAACGAUCCCGCCUUCGUCCAGAUGUGGUUCGGCCGUCGCCUUCGUCCGUUCCUGCCAGCUGUUUCCAACGACUUCCUCUCAUGUCUCGCCACCGAAUCACUGGACUGCAGCACCUACCAAUACAUCGUGAAGACAUUUAGCGAGCUUCAGUCAGUCAUGUUGAGAGAAAGGCAGCUGUCUGUCUUGACACACUUCAUCACAGGUUUUCUGACAACAAACAACACUGCAGAUCCAAGAUGUUUGCCCUCCUUCAACAACAGCGCACAGUGGCUGACCGACAACUUCGGUCCAUUCUCACAGUUUGCGAUCAUCAGCGACCUGAUCCGUCUCAACCCACUCUUCAAACCAUUUGACGUCAUUCAGCUCCUCACGCCAGAUCAGAGAGUGGAGCUGCUGGGACUGACGCUUCCUGAAAACAAAGACGUUGUCAUCAACAUGCUCUUUGAUUACAUGAUCGUAGCGCCGGAGAGAAGUUUUGUAGAGUUCCUGUUAACCUUCGUGAGAUUCACCGAGAUGGGAAGUCUUUUCCUUUCCUGCUCAUCCUACAAAACACUGUUCACCAGACUGGACGACGCCAUGGCAACAGCUACUUCUGACUUAGUUUCAGCCAUCACAUACACUAAAGUGGCUUUAUUCAAACGACUACCAUCUGACUGCAUCAUAUACAGUGGGCAGUGCAAUGAAACAAUGACAAAUGAGACAGACAUAUGCAUGGGAGUCAACAGCACAGAGCUUCAGAUCCUCCUAGACAGAUCAACGAUGGCCGGACGGCACUGCAACUUCUCUGUGGAGGAAUUUGCCUGUGCCUCUCUGUCAGGUUUAACAGCUGGGGAUCUGGCAGACAUGUUGCGCUGUGAUAGGGUCUCCGACUCAAGCGGCUCCAAACCUGCCUGGAAGCUGCUGCUAUCCAAAGCCUCCAAGGUCCUGGAUCAAGCUCUGGAUCUGCUGAGCAACACCACGCUCCGUCCUGACCAUCCUUCUGCCCCCAUGAUCCUGGACUCCAUACGAGAACUGCGACUGCUUGUCGUCAACAUGACCGUCCUCAACGAUCCCGCCUUCGUCCAGAUGUGGUUCGGCCGUCGCCUUCGUCCGUUCCUGCCAGCUGUUUCCAACGACUUCCUCUCGUGUCUCGCCACCGAAUCACUGGACUGCAGCACCUACCAAUACAUCGUGAAGACAUUUAGCGAGCUUCAGUCAGUCAUGUUGAGAGAAAGGCAGCUGUCUGUCUUGACACACUUCAUCACAGGUUUUCUGACAACAAACAACACUGCAGAUCCAAGAUGUUUGCCCUCCUUCAACAACAGCGCACAGUGGCUGACCGACAACUUCGGUCCAUUCUCACAGUUUGCGAUCAUCAGCGACCUGAUCCGUCUCAACCCACUCUUCAAACCAUUUGACGUCAUUCAGCUCCUCACGCCAGAUCAGAGAGUGGAGCUGCUGGGACUGACGCUUCCUGAAAGCACAGACGCCGUCAUCAACAUGCUCUUUGAUUACAUGACCGAAGCACCAGAGGAAAGGAGAUUCACAGAGUUCCUGUCAUCUUUGGUCAUGUUCACUAAGAUGUUGAACCUUUCCUGUUCAUCCUACAAAACACUAUUCACCAGACUGGACAUCACCAUGGCAACCACUUCUCCUGACAUAGUUUUAGCCAUCACAAACACUGAACUCUCUUUGUCCAAACAACUACCACUUGAUUGCAUCAUAUACAGUGGGCAGUGCAAUGUAACGAUGGCAAAUGAGACAGACAUAUGCAUGGGAGUCAACAGCACAGAGCUUCAGAUCCUCCUAGACAGAUCAACGAUGGCCAGACGGCACUGCAACUUCUCUGUGGAGGAAUUUGCCUGUGCCUCUCUGUCAGGUUUAACAGCUGGGGAUCUGGCAGCCAUGUUGCGCUGUGAUAGGGUCUCCGACUCAAGCGGCUCCAAACCUGCCUGGAAGCUGCUGCUAUCCAAAGCCUCCAAGGUCCUGGAUCAAGCUCUGGAUCUGCUGAGCAACACCACGCUCCGUCCUGACCAUCCUUCUGCCCCCAUGAUCCUGGACUCCAUACGAGAACUCCGGCUGCUUGUCGUCAACAUGACCGUCCUCAACGAUCCCGCCUUCGUCCAGAUGUGGUUCGGCCGCCGCCUUCGUCCGUUCCUGCCAGCUGUUUCCGACGACUUCCUCUCAUGUCUCGCCACCGAAUCACUGGACUGCAGCACCUACCAAUACAUCGUGAAGACAUUUAGCGAGCUUCAGUCAGUCAUGUUGAGAGAAAGGCAGCUGUCUGUCUUGACACACUUCAUCACAGGUUUUCUGACAACAAACAACACUGCAGAUCCAAGAUGUUUGCCCUCCUUCAACAACAGCGCACAGUGGCUGACCGACAACUUCGGUCCAUUCUCACAGUUUGCGAUCAUCAGCGACCUGAUCCGUCUCAACCCACUCUUCAAACCAUUUGACGUCAUUCAGCUCCUCACGCCAGAUCAGAGAGUGGAGCUGCUGGGACUGACGCUUCCUGAAAGCACAGACGCCGUCAUCAACAUGCUCUUUGAUUACAUGACCGAAGCACCAGAGGAAAGGAAAUUCACAGAGUUCCUGUCAUCUUUGGUCAUGUUCACUAAGAUGUUGAACCUUUCCUGUUCAUCCUACAAAACACUAUUCACCAGACUGGACAUCACCAUGGCAACCACUUCUCCUGACAUAGUUUUAGCCAUCACAAACACUGAACUCUCUUUGUCCAAACAACUACCACUUGAUUGCAUCAUAUACAGUGGGCAGUGCAAUGUAACGAUGGCAAAUGAGACAGACAUAUGCAUGGGAGUCAACAGCACAGAGCUUCAGAUCCUCCUAGACAGAUCAACGAUGGCCGGACGGCACUGCAACUUCUCUGUGGAGGAAUUUGCCUGUGCCUCUCUGUCAGGUUUAACAGCUGGGGAUCUGGCAGACAUGUUGCGCUGUGAUAGGGUCUCCGACUCAAGCGGCUCCAAACCUGCCUGGAAGCUGCUGCUAUCCAAAGCCUCCAAGGUCCUGGAUCAAGCUCUGGAUCUGCUGAGCAACACCACGCUCCGUCCUGACCAUCCUUCUGCCCCCAUGAUCCUGGACUCCAUACGAGAACUCCGGCUGCUUGUCGUCAACAUGACCGUCCUCAACGAUCCCGCCUUCGUCCAGAUGUGGUUCGGCCGCCGCCUUCGUCCGUUCCUGCCAGCUGUUUCCGACGACUUCCUCUCAUGUCUCUCCUCCAAAUCACUGGACUGCAGCACCUACCACUACAUCGUGAAGACAUUUAGCGAGCUUCAGUCAGUCAUGUUGAGAGAAAGGCAGCUGUCUGUCUUGACACACUUCAUCACAGGUUUUCUGACAAACAACACUGCAGGACCGGGAUGUUUGUCCUCGUUCAACAACAGCGCACAGUGGCUGACCGACAACUUCGGUCCAUUCUCACAGUUUGUGCCCAUCAGUGUGCUGAUCCGUCUCAACCAACUCUUCAAACCACUGGAGGUCUUCCAGCUCCUCACGCCAGAUCAGAGAGUGGCGCUGCUGGCACUGACGCUUCCUGAAACCAAAGACGUUGUCAUCAACAUGCUCUUUGAUUACAUGAUCGUAGCGCCGGAGAGAAGUUUUGUAGAGUUCCUGUUAUCCUUCGUGAGAUUCACCGAGAUGGGAAGUCUUUUCCUUUCCUGCCCAUCCUACAAAACACUGUUCACCAGACUGGACGACGCCAUGGCAACAGCUACUUCUGACUUAGUUUCAGCCAUCACAUACACUAAAGUGGCUUUAUUCAAACGACUACCAUCUGACUGCAUCAUAUACAGUGGGCAGUGCAAUGAAACAAUGACAAAUGAGACAGACAUAUGCAUGGGAGUCAACAGCACAGAGCUUCAGAUCCUCCUAGACAGAUCAACGAUGGCCGGACGGCACUGCAACUUCUCUGUGGAGGAAUUUGCCUGUGCCUCUCUGUCAGGUUUAACAGCUGGGGAUCUGGCAGACAUGUUGCGCUGUGAUAGGGUCUCCGACUCAAGCGGCUCCAAACCUGCCUGGAAGCUGCUGCUAUCCAAAGCCUCCAAGGUCCUGGAUCAAGCUCUGGAUCUGCUGAGCAACACCACGCUCCGUCCUGACCAUCCUUCUGCCCCCAUGAUCCUGGACUCCAUACGAGAACUGCGACUGCUUGUCGUCAACAUGACCGUCCUCAACGAUCCCGCCUUCGUCCAGAUGUGGUUCGGCCGUCGCCUUCGUCCGUUCCUGCCAGCUGUUUCCAACGACUUCCUCUCGUGUCUCGCCACCGAAUCACUGGACUGCAGCACCUACCAAUACAUCGUGAAGACAUUUAGCGAGCUUCAGUCAGUCAUGUUGAGAGAAAGGCAGCUGUCUGUCUUGACACACUUCAUCACAGGUUUUCUGACAACAAACAACACUGCAGAUCCAAGAUGUUUGCCCUCCUUCAACAACAGCGCACAGUGGCUGACCGACAACUUCGGUCCAUUCUCACAGUUUGCGAUCAUCAGCGACCUGAUCCGUCUCAACCCACUCUUCAAACCAUUUGACGUCAUUCAGCUCCUCACGCCAGAUCAGAGAGUGGAGCUGCUGGGACUGACGCUUCCUGAAAGCACAGACGCCGUCAUCAACAUGCUCUUUGAUUACAUGACCGAAGCACCAGAGGAAAGGAGAUUCACAGAGUUCCUGUCAUCUUUGGUCAUGUUCACUAAGAUGUUGAACCUUUCCUGUUCAUCCUACAAAACACUAUUCACCAGACUGGACAUCACCAUGGCAACCACUUCUCCUGACAUAGUUUUAGCCAUCACAAACACUAAACUCUCUUUGUCCAAACAACUACCACUUGAUUGCAUCAUAUACAGUGGGCAGUGCAAUGUAACGAUGGCAAAUGAGACAGACAUAUGCAUGGGAGUCAACAGCACAGAGCUUCAGAUCCUCCUAGACAGAUCAACGAUGGCCAGACGGCACUGCAACUUCUCUGUGGAGGAAUUUGCCUGUGCCUCUCUGUCAGGUUUAACAGCUGGGGAUCUGGCAGCCAUGUUGCGCUGUGAUAGGGUCUCCGACUCAAGCGGCUCCAAACCUGCCUGGAAGCUGCUGCUAUCCAAAGCCUCCAAGGUCCUGGAUCAAGCUCUGGAUCUGCUGAGCAACACCACGCUCCGUCCUGACCAUCCUUCUGCCCCCAUGAUCCUGGACUCCAUACGAGAACUCCGGCUGCUUGUCGUCAACAUGACCGUCCUCAACGAUCCCGCCUUCGUCCAGAUGUGGUUCGGCCGCCGCCUUCGUCCGUUCCUGCCAGCUGUUUCCGACGACUUCCUCUCAUGUCUCGCCACCGAAUCACUGGACUGCAGCACCUACCAAUACAUCGUGAAGACAUUUAGCGAGCUUCAGUCAGUCAUGUUGAGAGAAAGGCAGCUGUCUGUCUUGACACACUUCAUCACAGGUUUUCUGACAACAAACAACACUGCAGAUCCAAGAUGUUUGCCCUCCUUCAACAACAGCGCACAGUGGCUGACCGACAACUUCGGUCCAUUCUCACAGUUUGCGAUCAUCAGCGACCUGAUCCGUCUCAACCCACUCUUCAAACCAUUUGACGUCAUUCAGCUCCUCACGCCAGAUCAGAGAGUGGAGCUGCUGGGACUGACGCUUCCUGAAAACAAAGACGUUGUCAUCAACAUGCUCUUUGAUUACAUGAUCGUAGCGCCGGAGAGAAGUUUUGUAGAGUUCCUGUUAUCCUUCGUGAGAUUCACCGAGAUGGGAAGUCUUUUCCUUUCCUGCUCAUCCUACAAAACACUGUUCACCAGACUGGACGACGCCAUGGCAACAGCUACUUCUGACUUAGUUUCAGCCAUCACAUACACUAAAGUGGCUUUAUUCAAACGACUACCAUCUGACUGCAUCAUAUACAGUGGGCAGUGCAAUGAAACAAUGACAAAUGAGACAGACAUAUGCAUGGGAGUCAACAGCACAGAGCUUCAGAUCCUCCUAGACAGAUCAACGAUGGCCGGACGGCACUGCAACUUCUCUGUGGAGGAAUUUGCCUGUGCCUCUCUGUCAGGUUUAACAGCUGGGGAUCUGGCAGACAUGUUGGGCUGUGAUAGGGUCUCCGACUCAAGCGGCUCCAAACCUGCCUGGAAGCUGCUGCUAUCCAAAGCCUCCAAGGUCCUGGAUCAAGCUCUGGAUCUGCUGAGCAACACCACGCUCCGUCCUGACCAUCCUUCUGCCCCCAUGAUCCUGGACUCCAUACGAGAACUCCGGCUGCUUAUCGUCAACAUGACCGUCCUCAACGAUCCCGCCUUCGUCCAGAUGUGGUUCGGCCGCCGCCUUCGUCCGUUCCUGCCAGCUGUUUCCAACGACUUCCUCUCGUGUCUCGCCACCGAAUCACUGGACUGCAGCACCUACCAAUACAUCGUGAAGACAUUUAGCGAGCUUCAGUCAGUCAUGUUGAGAGAAAGGCAGCUGUCUGUCUUGACACACUUCAUCACAGGUUUUCUGACAACAAACAACACUGCAGAUCCAAGAUGUUUGCCCUCCUUCAACAACAGCGCACAGUGGCUGACCGACAACUUCGGUCCAUUCUCACAGUUUGCGAUCAUCAGCGACCUGAUCCGUCUCAACCCACUCUUCAAACCAUUUGACGUCAUUCAGCUCCUCACGCCAGAUCAGAGAGUGGAGCUGCUGGGACUGACGCUUCCUGAAAGCACAGACGCCGUCAUCAACAUGCUCUUUGAUUACAUGACCGAAGCACCAGAGGAAAGGAAAUUCACAGAGUUCCUGUCAUCUUUGGUCAUGUUCACUAAGAUGUUGAACCUUUCCUGUUCAUCCUACAAAACACUAUUCACCAGACUGGACAUCACCAUGGCAACCACUUCUCCUGACAUAGUUUUAGCCAUCACAAACACUGAACUCUCUUUGUCCAAACAACUACCACUUGAUUGCAUCAUAUACAGUGGGCAGUGCAAUGUAACGAUGGCAAAUGAGACAGACAUAUGCAUGGGAGUCAACAGCACAGAGCUUCAGAUCCUCCUAGACAGAUCAACGAUGGCCAGACGGCACUGCAACUUCUCUGUGGAGGAAUUUGCCUGUGCCUCUCUGUCAGGUUUAACAGCUGGGGAUCUGGCAGACAUGUUGCGCUGUGAUAGGGUCUCCGACUCAAGCGGCUCCAAAGCUGCCUGGAAGCUGCUGCUAUCCAAAGCCUCCAAGGUCCUGGAUCAAGCUCUGGAUCUGCUGAGCAACACCACGCUCCGUCCUGACCAUCCUUCUGCCCCCAUGAUCCUGGACUCCAUACGAGAACUGCGACUGCUUGUCGUCAACAUGACCGUCCUCAACGAUCCCGCCUUCGUCCAGAUGUGGUUCGGCCGCCGCCUUCGUCCGUUCCUGCCAGCUGUUUCCAACGACUUCCUCUCAUGUCUCGCCACCGAAUCACUGGACUGCAGCACCUACCAAUACAUCGUGAAGACAUUUAGCGAGCUUCAGUCAGUCAUGUUGAGAGAAAGGCAGCUGUCUGUCUUGACACACUUCAUCACAGGUUUUCUGACAACAAACAACACUGCAGAUCCAAGAUGUUUGCCCUCCUUCAACAACAGCGCACAGUGGCUGACCGACAACUUCGGUCCAUUCUCACAGUUUGCGAUCAUCAGCGACCUGAUCCGUCUCAACCCACUCUUCAAACCAUUUGACGUCAUUCAGCUCCUCACGCCAGAUCAGAGAGUGGAGCUGCUGGGACUGACGCUUCCUGAAAGCACAGACGCCGUCAUCAACAUGCUCUUUGAUUACAUGACCGAAGCACCAGAGGAAAGGAAAUUCACAGAGUUCCUGUCAUCUUUGGUCAUGUUCACUAAGAUGUUGAACCUUUCCUGUUCAUCCUACAAAACACUAUUCACCAGACUGGACAUCACCAUGGCAACCACUUCUCCUGACAUAGUUUUAGCCAUCACAAACACUAAACUUUCUUUGUCCAAACAACUACCACUUGAUUGCAUCAUAUAUAGUGGGCAGUGCAAUGUAACGAUGGCAAAUGAGACAGACAUAUGCAUGGGAGUCAACAGCACAGAGCUUCAGAUCCUCCUAGACAGAUCAACGAUGGCCAGACGGCACUGCAACUUCUCUGUGGAGGAAUUUGCCUGUGCCUCUCUGUCAGGUUUAACAGCUGGGGAUCUGGCAGACAUGUUGCGCUGUGAUAGGGUCUCCGACUCAAGCGGCUCCAAAGCUGCCUGGAAGCUGCUGCUAUCCAAAGCCUCCAAGGUCCUGGAUCAAGCUCUGGAUCUGCUGAGCAACACCACGCUCCGUCCUGACCAUCCUUCUGCCCCCAUGAUCCUGGACUCCAUACGAGAACUGCGGCUGCUUGUCGUCAACAUGACCGUCCUCAACGAUCCCGCCUUCGUCCAGAUGUGGUUCGGCCGUCGCCUUCGUCCGUUCCUGCCAGCUGUUUCUAACGACUUCCUCUCGUGUCUCGCCACCGAAUCACUGGACUGCAGCACCUACCAAUACAUCGUGAAGACAUUUAGCGAGCUUCAGUCAGUCAUGUUGAGAGAAAGGCAGCUGUCUGUCUUGACACACUUCAUCACAGGUUUUCUGACAACAAACAACACUGCAGAUCCGGCCUGCAGCUCCAACACAGUCAGCAGCGGCAACUGGCUGCAGAAGAACCUGGGAGGCUUUUCUGUCUUCCUCUCCAUCCAGGAACUUCAGAAGCUCUACCCCAACUUUUCACCUAUGGAAGCCCUGGCCUCUCUGUCUGUCGGACAGCUGGUGGCCUUGUCCGCCACACCUGGGCUGCUGACGACUCCUGACCAGGUUGCCAUGGUGAUGAAAUAUGUCCCAGACCAAAUGUUGGCCAUCUUCUUUGAUGAGUUCUCAGUCGCCAUUAGGGGCAAUGAAUACAUGAUGCCCUCCGCAGUGAGGUCUGCCAUGCUGGAGGUUGUGUUCGACCGUGCAAACCUGUCCCAUCCCUCAGUGGAGGACUCGGUGGUAUCUGUGUGGCUCAAUAAUCGACUGCCUCCCCUGGUCAUAAGCCUGAUCCCCUCCCAAGUCAACCCAUAUUUCCAGAUACUGGUGGGAAGAAACUGCAGCAUUGGGCAUCAGGGUGUAACGCUUCUUAAUUCAACAAUCCCAACACUCACUGCGGACUCCCAGAAAGAAAUCUACAACCAAAUCGUUCUGGCACUGAAAGGACCUCCAGCUCUCCGUUGCUACGGUGACGGCAGCUUCUACAGAUUCGUCGAGGACUCGUUCUUGGGAUUCCAGUUCCCCAACCUGACCACCUUCCUGUCCCUCAUGCCUCGUGACCAAAAGCAUCUGCUGGUGAACUCCAUGCCUCUGUCACAUCUGGGGAACCUGCUGCGUCGGCCAGGCGUCGUCGACAACGGAGCGCAGCUCUGUGAUCUCUACAGCAGCUAUGCCCAGACACCAGCGUUUUUGGAAACUGAGUCCCUGCCGGUAGACGUCAGGCGUCCCACCCUGCCCUGCGUUUGGCCCAUGGCCCUCAGCAGCACCAGGAGGUCAGAGGUCAACGCUUGGUUUGACCGAAGCCUCCAGAACUACUUGGUCUUCCUCUCAAAGAGUCUGAUCAGUCCAGAUGUUACACACAACACCUCGUGUCUGGCCUUCCAGAAACUUGUCUCGGUUCUUGGUCAAUACAACUACACCGCGGUGGACUUUGUGCAGGAAGACGUGUUCAAUACCAUCAGGAAUUACCUCCAAUCAGCAACACCAAGAUGUUACGACCCCAACAACCCAGAGCUGAACUCCACGGCUUGGUUUGCUGAGUACAUCGGCCCUUUCAUGCCGUUCCUCACUCUUGAGAUUUUUCAUACCUUCGGAUCAGAUAAGUCCCUCCAGGUGUUCACAGUGAACCCCCUGAACAUUGCACUCCUCAACCACUCGGUUUUGCCUCAGAACCUCACCAACUACUACACUGGGCUGGUCUACCAACAAGACAGUAACUUCAACCCCCUUCUCCUUCCUCUGCUGUGCCGGUGCGUCGCUCCUGGCAUGGCAUUCACCCAGCUGACUCCAGCAGACAGUUUGAUAGUGUUGCAGAACCUCACCAUUGUCUGCCAAGAUCUUAAUCCACAGAUUUCUGCUGCUCUGACGAGCAACUUCGGUAAUAACAUCGACUCCAACACCAUCUCUGCUCUCGGCAAUGAAAGCACCACCAUGUCCACGGGGCAGAUCAAGGCCAUCAAUCCACAGCAGCUGAUCAACGCACUGUUCACACUCAGCAACGUGAAUGGCUGGAAAGCAGGACAGGCUAAGAGCAUCAUAGAGUCUCUGAUGACAGUGAUGCAGAUCAACGACUCUUCGUCACUUUUUACGCUGGGUACUCUCAUCAUCGGUGUCCCCUCCAGAGUUUUCAGGAAAAUCCAAGGCUCUGAGAUUUUGGUCGCCUCCAGAAACCCCUCGCUUGUGGGACACAUGAUGUCCGCUCCAAAUAUCGUCCAGCAGAUUUUUGUCACCCAGAUUUUAUCAGUGAACAGCACCGGUGAGGCGAUCAUCCAGAACGUUCCAGACGAAAUGGCCACUGAGAUCCCUCGGUUUUUCCUGCAGAGCUUUACAGCCGGCAGCAUCACAAAGCUCAACAAGAAGAAAUGGAAACGCCAGCAGGCUGAGGUGUUCUUUGGCGUAAUAGCAGUGGAAAACGCCACGGCUGUCCUGGGAGGUGUGGACAACCUGUCCUCCUCUGUGCUGCAAGGAUUCACAUGCACAAGUGUGAGAACGAUUGAGAAGGAGCAGGUCAAAAAACUGGUCAAAGCCUGUCGGCGCAAAGGCACAGACAAAGUCAAACUGGUGGAGUCUCAGUUGACCUGCAUGUUCAACCGCAUCAGAGGAGAAGCAGACAUCACCAGCUUUGAUCUUUUCCCUCCAGAUGUGCUGCUGUACUACGACUACUCUCUGGUGCCACAGAGCAACUGCAGUUUCUACUUUAAGCAGCUCAGCGACGCCGACUUCUCUGUGUUCUCCUCAGAACUCAGCUACAAGCGGACCGCGCUGUUCGAUAACGCCAGGAACUGCCUGGGCAUAACAACCACAAACCUGACUAAAGCUCAAAUAACAGUUCUGGGAAACAUGUGCUGCUACCUGAACGCUUCUUACAUCCUGAACUCUGAUGAAUCCAUCUUGGAGAAACUAAAGACCUGCCCGGAUCUGUCUGCCGAUCAGGCGACCGCAGUGAAGACCCGUCUGACCGGUGGGACCUCUAGAUAUCGACUUGCUUCGACAUGGACUGAAACAACUCUGAGGAACCUCGAUACAUUUCCUCUGUAUAUGUCUUCAGAUUUCUAUGACAACUUUGACAAAACCACGAAGCGCUCGUUCUUAAAUUACUACCUGAAAGUCCUCAGUACUAAUGGAGUCAGCAGAGCGAAGAUAGGGGCAAUGAAAGCAGAAAUAAGACAAUCAAUUAGUAGCAGACUUAAGCGACAGACAGUCACUGAAUGCACAGCAGGAGUAAUCACCAAGGUCACCAUAUACAAUGGCACCUUCCCCUUUGACUACCCCGACGUCAAUCAGUUCAACAGCUGUCUCAGUGCUGCGGUCGUCAGGGACAACCUGGAGGUCAUCACCCAGAAGCUGCAUCAGCAGGACUACCUUAAGAUUGUUCUCAGCAAGCUGCAGGAGGCAUACAGCACCACCGUCCCUGAAGACCAGGUCCAGGUCUUGGGCCCGGCGGCGCGCGUUGCCUCGGCAGAUCAGAUCAAUACAUGGAACAUCACUCAGGUGGACACGCUCGCAUCUCUGAUGAACACAACAAACGGAGAGCUGGAUCCAAGCUUGGCUAAAGCUAUCAUCUCUAAGUAUCUGAGCGUGGAAGGCAACAAACUUGAGACCGCGGAGCUUAAUGCUAUCGGAGGACCAAACCUGUGCUCUGUGAACACUGAGGUACUUGGCAACAUCUCUCAGAAGAGCUUGAGAGAUGCCAAUGCUUUGAAUGUGUCCAUCUGCACCAGUGACAAACUCAAGGUGCUCUUCAACAUCGCCCUUCUAGCGUUUCAAACUACCACUAGAGCAAGCGUUGCAUUGUACCAGUUCAUACAGCCAUACCUGGGGGGCGCACCUAUUGAGUUUGUUAAAAGUUUGGCAUCUUCCAACAUCAACAUGGACCUGCAGACAUUUGUUAAGCUGGACGAGAGUGUGGUACAGAGUCUGCUUGUUGGCGAAGUUAAAACUCUUCUUGGUGACAACCUGCCUGACUUAAAAAGCUAUGAAAAUACACCGAUAGUACGCAGCUGGAUCUCAAAGCAGCUACAAUCAGAACUCGACACACUAAACAUUGAGCUUACAGGAGGCCGAGCUGACAGCUCCGUCUCUACCAACUCGACUUCCAGCGCAACCACCCCUUCUGCUACCACAACUACAACAGUCACAACUGUCAAAACCACCAAAGGCGCCGGGGCCCGGAUCCAUGGAGACGUCGCCGGCUUCACCUUCUUUGUUUUCCUUGCGCUCCUCGUCUCGUCCAAUCAGGUUUCGAUCUGAAGAAACGCGCGGCUGAUUAUCAAAGACGCACUGUAGACUAAAAUGAAUGGUUGGAUUAAAGGGUGAAAUCAUUUUUGGAUAUAUGUCUAAUUGAAAACAAACACUGUUUAAUGUUGUUUAUAAUGAACAAAAAUAUUUCCUGAACAGAAAUGGGUGCAAAUAUUGUGAUUGUGAUUACUUAGUUAUUUACUUAAAAACCUUUUAUGUCUUAUCUAUAAUACAAAAUGUGCUUAUUUGCAAUUUGCUGUAGGUAUUUGUGAAGGGGGAGAUAUUCUGUAUUUUUAUCCUCCAUAUUUGACUUCUGAUACCUCAUAUGAAGGAUGCUUCUGUUAACACUUAUUGAAAUAAAAGGCUUUUCUUGAGUAAACUCUCCACUUUACUCAU